GAUGGUAGUGCUCUUUUUACAUGCUUCUUUGUUUGCUGCUGGUGUUGUGCUGCAGUAAUUGUUUGGAGUCAUAUCAGAAGGCCCUGAGAGCAGAUGCUUCAUACAAACCUGCUGCAGAAUGCCUUGCCAUUGUUUUGACAGAUCUGGGAACAAGCCUAAAGCUUGCUGGCAAUACACAGGAAGGAAUUCAGAAGUAUUAUGAAGCUCUUAAAAUAGAUCCACACUAUGCACCAGCCUAUUACAACCUUGGUGUUGUCUACUCCGAAAUGAUGCAAUAUGACACGGCCCUCACUUGCUAUGAGAAGGCUGCAUUGGAAAGACCAAUGUAUGCUGAAGCAUAUUGCAACAUGGGUGUUAUUUACAAAAACCGUGGGGACUUGGAAUCUGCCAUUGCCUGUUAUGAGAGGUGUCUAGCUGUAUCACCUAACUUUGAGAUUGCAAAGAAUAAUAUGGCAAUUGCCUUGACAGAUUUGGGAACCAAGGUUAAAUUGGAGGGAGACAUCCACCAGGGUGUAGAAUACUACAAGAAGGCUCUGUAUUAUAAUUGGCACUAUGCUGAUGCUAUGUAUAAUCUUGGGGUUGCUUAUGGUGAAAUGCUGAAGUUUGAUAUGGCAAUUGUUUUCUAUGAACUUGCAUUCCACUUCAACCCCCAUUGUGCAGAGGCAUGCAAUAAUUUAGGAGUUAUAUACAAGGAUAGAGACAACCUUGAUAAAGCUGUAGAGUGCUAUCAGUUAGCUUUGUCAAUUAAGUCCAACUUUUCACAGUCAUUAAACAAUCUUGGUGUUGUUUACACUGUCCAGGGUAAAAUGGAUGCUGCUGCUAGCAUGAUUGAGAAAGCUAUCCUUGCAAAUCCUACAUAUGCAGAAGCAUAUAACAACUUAGGGGUUCUUUACAGAGAUGCCGGCAACAUAACAAAUGCUAUAACAGCUUAUGAGCAAUGCCUUAAGAUAGAUCCUGAUUCUCGCAAUGCAGGACAGAAUCGACUGCUUGCAAUGAAUUACAUAAAUGGAGGACAUGAUGAUAAACUGUUUGAGGCUCACAGGGAUUGGGGUAGGCGCUUUAUGAGGUUAUAUCCACAGUACACAUCAUGGGACAACUCAAAAGACCCAGAACGACCAAUUGUGAUUGGAUAUGUAUCUCCGGAUUAUUUUACUCAUUCUGUAUCUUACUUUAUUGAAGCCCCUCUUGUUUAUCAUGACUAUACAAAAUACAAGGUGGUUGUUUAUUCUGCAGUAGUGAAGGCAGAUGCAAAAACCGGUAGGUUUAGGGAGAAAGUUAUAAAAAAGGGCGGAUUAUGGAGAGAUAUAUAUGGAAUUGAUGAAAAGAAGGUAGCAAGCAUGAUUAGGGAGGAUAAAGUUGACAUCUUAGUUGAACUUACUGGUCAUACUGCUAAUAACAAGUUGGGAACCAUGGCAUGUCGACCAGCACCUGUUCAGGUGACCUGGAUUGGCUAUCCAAAUACUACUGGUCUGCCUACAAUUGAUUACCGAAUCACUGAUUCACUAGCUGAUCCUCCUGAUACAAAGCAGAAGCAUGUUGAGGAGUUAAUUAGGCUACCAAAAUGCUUCCUUUGUUAUACACCUUCCCCAGAGGCUGGGCCUGUUUGUCCAACACCAGCUCUUUCCAAUGGCUUUAUCACAUUUGGUAGCUUCAAUAAUCUGGCAAAGAUCACACCCAAGGUGUUGCAAGUGUGGGCAAGGAUACUAUGUGCUGUUCCUAACUCUCGCCUUGUGGUAAAAUGCAAGCCAUUUUGUUGUGAUAGUGUUAGACAGAAAUUUCUAACAACAUUGGAGCAAUUGGGGUUAGAAUCACUUCGUGUAGACCUCCUGCCCCUAAUUCUCCUUAACCAUGAUCAUAUGCAAGCUUAUUCUCUUAUGGACAUCAGUUUGGACACUUUCCCAUAUGCUGGAACAACUACAACAUGUGAAUCUCUUUUCAUGGGUGUUCCAUGUGUUACCAUGGAGGGUUCGGUACAUGCUCACAAUGUUGGUGUGAGUCUUCUCAGCAAUGUUGGGUUAGGACAUCUAAUAGCCAAAAAUGAAGAUGAAUAUGUCCAGUUGGCAAUAGACCUGGCCUCUGAUGUUACUGUUCUCUCAAACUUGAGAAUGCGUCUCCGAGACCUUAUGGCCAAUUCACCUCUAUGUGAUGGACAGAACUUUACUGCUGGCUUGGAGGCAAUAUAUCGGAAGAUGUGGCACAGGUACUGUAAGGGUGAUGUGCCAUCUCUACAGUCCCUGGAAAUGCUACAACAGCAAGCAGUUUCUGAAGAGCUACAUGUCGAGAACCCAGAGCCAACGAGUAUCACUGUAUCAAAAGAUAGUUCUCCUGAACUUGUCAAGGCUAAUGGCUUUAAUCAGGUUCCAUCACCUAUACUGAAUCCCACUUGCGAAGAGAAUGGAAAUCAGUCAAACCAGACUAUAAAUUCAGGCACGGUUGGUUGAAACAAUUGGAUCUUUGGUGCUCGUGUGGCUUGGUGGUUUCUAGGACUGGGGCAGCUAGCGUUUUCCUUUUCUUAAGGGACAACCCUCGUGUAGGAUUAUAGAAUAUAGUAUCUGCUGGCGGACAAGUAUGGUCGCAACCUGAUGUCACGGUCAAUGGGGUCACAUUCUUUGGGAAAGGAAUGCCAGCUAAAGCUGGCAAAAUGUGAUUUUGCUGCAUACCAUAUAGAAUGAUAUAACGGAUUCAAAAGACACAUGCUUUGAGGAGCAACUAUGGAAUGCUUGUAACAUUGACUGCAUUCUUUUCCCAGAACAAUAGAAAUUUAGUCAUGGCUUGUUGUAUAUCACCAGUAAGGAUUUUGUUCUGAAUCUUUUGAUUUGGUGGGGCUUGUUUUGUGUAGUCCUAGGCAUUUACAAGAUUAGUUGCCUUGUUCCUGACUGAAAAUUAUUGGUGAUCUAGCACUCAAGUGCAGCCCGGUAGUGUGGUACCUUAAGAAUGUUCCAACGUCCCAUCCGCCUUUAUAAAGGAUGAGGCUUGGCAACAGUGUGUUUUGGUACUCUCAUUUACCGACCUAUACUUUUUUGUGCAGUUCACACUGAAAAAAAUCAUUUUCUUUUCUAGCAUCGUUCAAAAAGAUAAGUAAAUAAAAUGCGGAGUCCCUU